CUAGCGGUUCUGGAAGUCAUUUCUAGUUUGGGUAGGAAACAUUAUACUUGGUAAACUGAAGAAAUGAUGCAUACGCCAAAGACUGAGCCAAAAUUGUUCAGCUUAAAGGGAUUUUUCUGGCUUUGUCUCUUUAAGCUUCUGCAUAGUGAUUCAGGCAUUCUCAGUCAAGAAGUAACCAAAGUUGCAGUCCAAGCAGGAGAUGAAGCCAGGCUUCCUUGCAAAAUCACUAUAAGCACACUUCUAGAAUCUUACUACAUCUACUGGCAAAAGCCUACUAUCCGUGGUAACCGAGACAAGGUUGUGAUUUCGUUCAAGAAUGGUAAAGAAUGUGAACCGGAGAAGGACAAAUCUUACAAGAACAGAUCAAAGAUAGAUAAGCAGAAUCUUACACUUUUAAUCUCCUCAGUGGCAAUAAACGAUAGUGGAACAUAUAAAUGUAUUGCCAUAUUGCAAAAUCACAGAGAAGGGGAAGCGUUAAUCGAUUUAUCUGUGAUAACUCCAUUCAGUAAGCCUAUCAUCCUGGACAAUUUGUCCAGUGAACGUUGUGACUCAACAAAUUUGACACUGAGGUGUUUGUCUCAUGGAGGUUCUUCAAGGCCAGAGAUGUUUGGAUUUAUCAAUAAAAAGGCAGUGAAUUGGACCUCAACUGUCACAAGCAACAAAGAAUUGUUUAAUAUUACUGGCACUUUGCAGUUAAACACGACAGAAAACAUGUUGGUCGAAUGUUUAGUUCGUUUUUCAGAUUUCCAUGUGUCAACCAACUAUAGCUUGAAUAUGACAAAGAACUGUUCUAAUAUUACAUUGCCACCAUUGCCACCAUUGUCACCAUUGCCACCAUUGAUUUCUUCACCUUUUGGGAUCAUCAUUCCUUCAACGGCGAUCCUGAUUUUCCUUCUAGUUGUGGUAAUGCUUGUAAUACUCCAAUACUAUUUUCGCAAGCAUCCAAGGUCCUCCACCACACAUCAGUCGCUGGCAACAGAUGAAACAAUACUUCAGGAGCAAUCUAGUGGGCAGACACUUUCAGGGCUGGGGAGGUAAGUUUGGUGCCCUGC